AUGAGGGCGGCGAGCCUCCUCCCGGGAGAUGAUUUUCGGAGCCCCGUACCACCCUAUUCUGGGCGCGGAUCACUUGAAUGCACCCCCGCACCUUCCUACUCCUUUGAUCCUCCCGUCGGCCACGAAGCGCCUUUGCAAUCGCUGACGCCAUUUGGGCUCCCCGGUACGCUUGGCCUCGCAACCUGCCCUGCCCCCGUUACACCGCAAGCUUUGGCAUCCAACCUGUCCUCAGGCACGGACGUCGACGGCGCCAACGAUCGUACUCCCCGAGCCUCCGAACUGAACCCCGAUGCUCGAUACCCUCCGGAGCAAGCGGUUGCAAGCACCUCAUGUGUCAUCGACGUCGACAUGGAGAAUGAAAUUGCACCAGCCGCCACUUCUCUCAGGAAGCGCGUGGAACAUUCCCCUGCGUCUGAGUACGAUAGGUCUGUGCGGCCAAGACUUCAGGGCCCAAAGUUUUCUGGGCAGAGCUCAUAUGUCGGGCAUCUGAGGAACAGCAACCGGUGGUUACAAGAGAAAUCGGCACAGAUGCGGUCAAAGCUCGUACAACAUGCCGCCUCUACCAGACAGAUCGUCUCAGAUCUGGAAGCCCGGAUCAAUGCCAAUGAGCUAUCACGACUAUCGGCAGAGGAGAAGGCCCGGGAGCUCCUCGCUACGCAAGAAGAGCAGCUUAGAUUAGCCUCGGAAGAGCGCCAGCGUCUGCUCGAAGACGGAGGAGAGGAAAUCAAACGUCAGCACCAGAAGAUUGCCCAGUUGGAGCGGACCGUCCGCGACCAAGAAACCGCGAUGCAAGUCGACUCAGUCGUGCAGCUCCUUACGCUGAUUCCUCAGUUCCUCGGGUUUCUUUCUCGCGCAUUGCUUCCUUCGCUGGAACUCACACCACCGAUUCCUGCGGGCUUUCAGCCACCGUUCCACGUCUUCAAGAAUCCUCCUCUGAGCCAGACGCGAUCACAACCGGGCACGACGCUCCCCCAUCCCACAACGUUGAAGGCCAAACAAACCCCUGCUGCUGUGCCCACGGAGGUCGACGACGACGAAGAGAUGAUAGACGAUGCCGAACCCACCCUCGACAAAGACCUUCACACGCAGUACCUGAGACUUUGUCGCAUCGUCUGGAAAGAAUUUGGUAUCCAAGAGGACAUGGCCUGGCACGCUCAGAGCUGCGCCCCGGCAGAUCGUGUGCGAGCCUUCGAGCACGAUCAGUCUUGCCCUGGACCCGAUCUCGCCGCUCCACAAUUCUGGUUAGGUACCAACCCGAAGCCCGUUUCGGCCCUCUGGAACGAGCGUAUCUUCGAGGCUAUGUUGGAACGCUUUCAAGAGCUGUGUCAUGGUCAUCAGCCGAUGUUUCCUAGCGACGAUGAGUCGUAUCUCGUUGGCCUCAUAACUUCUAAGUUCGGACGUGGCCUGGGGCUUUGGCGCAAGGGACAGCCACAGCGCGAUGAAUCUUAUGAUGAUGCCUUCGCCCGCCUCAGUGAAAGCGAGAAGACUCGAUUGAAGCAAGCCCGAGCCAACACUAGACGGCAAACGCGAGUCAAUGCUACCAUUGGCAAUGAGCACGACCCCACAGUGGAGGAGCCCCGCCCUGGAUACUACUCGGCGGUCAGAUUCGUUCUCGAGCGGGGCGGUCUGGGGUACGGCAGCUCUGACAAAUCGGAUGUCGACAUGGAUGGGCGUGCAGUCCUGUUGAGUCACGUACCUGCCUGGCGCGCCAAGUGGGCAAGAGUUGUCUUCGGUUAUGCUGACAGCGACCACCUCGAUAACCGUCGAACAACCUUUAUGCAGGGCGUGCAGCCGUUGAGACGGUUUGUGGGCCAUGCCAUCAGCAAGCGCCUCCCGCCAGGCAACCUCCCCCUCUGGUUUUACGAUGCGAAAUGCUACCUCUUCUCGUCCCCCUCGUCAUUCCUUUACAUUCCAUAG